UUCAUGACGCAUGCCCACCAUUGUGGCAACGGAUCGCGCGAUACAAAGCUAAGCUAUCAGGCUAAUUUAUAUAGUUACUAAACUAAGUGAUAUUGAUCAAUGACCGACUUGAACCGGGUUGUAUCAUUCUAUUGACAACAAGUAGUACGGGGGGGAUCACUUGUUAAGUGCUAGUUCUGAGUUUAGCAACGUUAGCUUCUGUCCUGGUGAAUGUUUUGCUCUGAUUUCGAAGUAAAGACGAGGAAUAAGGAGUAAUCCCGGGAUCCUGACGGGUGAUGCCCUUUAUCCCUCGAGCACCCUCCUGGUUUCCGUGGUGACGGGGAGAGGGACCAUGGCCCCUGUGUCACAGGGGCAGCAGGGGCGGCGCCUGGUCAGAGAGGACUGCCUCUGUCCAGUGUGUAUGGAGAUUUACCUGGAACCAGUCACCCUGCCCUGUCAGCACACCUUCUGCAAGCCUUGUUUCCUCAAGUCGGUGGACCAGGCCACGCUGUGCUGUCCUCUGUGCCGAAAGAGGAUCUCCACCUGGGCACGCCUCAACAGCCGCAAGAAGACCCUGGUCAACGAGGAGCUGUGGAGGGAGGUGCAGGACGCUUUCCCCCUGCAGUGCCAGCGUCGCCUCAAUGGAGAGGAGGAGGUGGACGAGGGGCACGCGGAGUCCUCGAGGCCCAGAGUCUGCCAGCCAGGAGAAGUGAGGAAGGAGUACGAGGACCAGGUCUCCAGGCUGGAGGAGGAGCGUCGUGCGGGGGAGGAGGCGGAGAGCAGGGCAAGUGAGGAGUUCAUCCAGCUCCUCCUGCAGGAGGAGGAGCAGCGUUUGGCCCAGGAGAGAAGGCGGCAAGAGGAGAAACUAGAGGAGGACGAGAGGCUGGCACGCCUCCUCAGCCAGGAGCUGAACUCCUCUCCGGUGUCUGAGCCUGCUUCUUCUCAUGCCAAGAUAAAACCUGCCCCUGGACAAAUAGACAGGUUCCUGUGUCCACUGCCUCCCAGACCAACCAGUUCAGACACCAACAGGGACAACAUACUGCUCACCCCCCCACCCCCAGACAUCACCAGACCAGCUUCACCCAGACACCCGGACACCCCCCGACCGGCUCCCACAGGAGACCCAGACCAGACCAAAGCCCCCCCCGUCCUGACCCCAUCCUCCAAGAGAGGGAGCGUCCGUGUGGAGACGGGCCCAGCCUCCUCCUCCAAGAGACGCUGCUCUUCCCACCCCAGCACCUGGCCGCACCAGCAGGUCUCAGCCGGUUCUGGAGUGCGAGGGGGCGGGGAGGGGGAGGUGGAGGGGGGGGAGGGGGAGGGGGAGGUCUGUGUUCUCCUGGUGGAGGAGCUGAGCCGGCAGGAGGAGGUGCUGUUCGGCCGCCGUCAGCAGGAGGAGCAGGACCGUCUGGUGGCUGAGCUCCUCCAGAAGGAGCUGAACAAGGAGGAGCAGCGGGCCUUCACCGACCGCAGCAAAGGCUCCGCUGACCCUUACCAGCUGCGCCGCAAAGCCAGAACCCCCAGCAGAACCUCCUCCUCCUCCUCCAAACGAAAUGAGGUGGGAGCAGAGCGAAGGGCUACUCCUAACAGACAGACGGCUAGCAGCUCAAGCUCCGGCCCCGCCCCUCACCUGCCAGGGGCCAAUAAGCAGGCCUCACUAAAGGAUAUGUUCCGACGCCUCUCCAACUGAGAUCGGGACCAUCGGACCUUAGUUUCUCCCCCCGCGCUCCCUCCCUGCUAACUCUCAAUGCCAAGUACGUUAGCAUCAUAACACUGCUUGUAGCGCACAGUAUGCUGUAUGUUAGCAUCAUGACGCUGCUUGUAGCUGACAGAUUGUUAGCAUCCUAACACUGCUUGUAGCGCACAGUACGUUAGCAUCAUAAUGCUGCUUGUUGCGUCGGGUUUACAGUACGUUAGCAUUGCGCUGCCUGUGGCGCAGUGCACGUUUACAGUUCACAACAUGUGAUUGCGAGACUGAUAUGAGUUGACCUGAGUGCGAUAAGGUUUUCAUCAGCAGUUCCUCUAAAUGUUGCAGUUAUUCUGGAAAUAAACUGCCCACUGGUAGCUGUGAUGUAUUGGUCUGGUUUGUUACAGGAACUCACUGCCGGGCUACAGGACACCGGCUCACAUCAGGCCUGGAACUAUUGUCCGUUAACUACCGCUCUCUCCUUAUUCCCCCCUCAAACAAUGUAGGACAAUCCGUCCCAGGUAUGUAACCUGUCCGCAGGGCCUAAUAUAGCCACAAGAUCAGGGAAUCCAUCCUUUGACUGCUUCUGCAAAGUCUGGGUUCGCUCAGCUCAUCUUGACCAAUCGGAGAAGGAUACCAUUUUAGUGUCUGUUCCACUUGAUGUGGUGAGUCAGAUGCAGUGCUGCUUAGACCUGAGGAUCUGCUCUGUGAUUUUGCUACAGUCAGUUGGAGGAAAUAACCAAUCAACACGAGAGUCUGAGUCAUCUGAGAAGCUGAAGAGCAGCAAAGCAUUGGGGGUUAACGUGACGACAUGGCCGUUUUUGGUCCAUACCCAAACUUUAUAAAAAAUUAGUAAAUGACAUUUGACAUUGUUAUGAAGAUGCUGCUUUAUAUGAAGAUAAUGUAAUGUAAUGUGUAAUUAAAAUAUGAAUCAAUCGUG